GCAACCCAAGUAGAAGAAGAAAUUACGGAAGUAGGGCUUCCAAACAUAUUUCCUUUUGGAAGAGAAAAAUAAAACAGACCGAUUUCUGCUCAUUAAAACGAGGCCAAUCUUGGACUUACCGUUACCUUGUAAAACAAUGGGCACCAGAGACGACGAAUAUGAUUAUUUAUUCAAAGUGGUCCUCAUUGGUGACUCAGGUGUGGGAAAAAGUAACCUGCUAUCACGUUUCACUCGCAAUGAAUUCAACUUGGAGAGUAAGAGCACCAUUGGAGUUGAAUUUGCAACACGCAGCAUUCAGGUGGAUGGCAAAACGGUAAAGGCCCAGAUCUGGGAUACAGCUGGCCAAGAGCGCUACCGCGCUAUCACUUCAGCGUACUACCGCGGUGCAGUAGGCGCUCUCCUGGUUUAUGACAUAGCCAAGCAUCUAACUUACGAGAAUGUGGAGCGCUGGCUGAAGGAGCUGAGAGAUCACGCUGACAGUAACAUCGUUAUUAUGCUUGUGGGCAACAAGAGCGACCUGCGUCACCUCCGAGCUGUUCCCACUGAUGAGGCUCGGGCUUUUGCUGAGAAAAAUGGUUUAUCUUUUCUGGAGACAUCAGCUCUGGAUUCCACCAAUGUUGAGACAGCCUUUCAGACCAUUCUCACAGAAAUAUACCGCAUCGUGUCCCAGAAGCAGAUGUCAGAACGCCAGGAGAGCGACAUGUCUCCCAGCAACAACGUGGUCAACAUCCAAGUGCAGCCGACUGAGAACAAACCAAAGAUGCAGUGCUGCCAGAACAUCUAGCCUGAUCACCCCCUCCCCCCCCCCCAACCUUACUGUUAUCCUCCACAGUCCCUUCAGGGCUUCAGGGCUGUGACCCGAACUCCGCCCCUACUUUUAAUUUUUCCCACUACUGGCCCUGCCCAGCAGCCCUUCUUGUCCCCCAGGUAAAUAUGUCCCAGAAAAAUAAGUCCCCCCGUAGAAGGCAGCAGGCAUUUCAUAUCACGUAAGAUUUAAUUCCAGUUGAUGCGCUGACAUGACACAAAAAUGUCUUAAUAUAUGAAUGUGAUUUUGUUUUCCUUCUUCUCAUGUCUUUAUACUUUGUGUCCAAUCUUCCACAUUUUUUGAUGAUAUCUGUCUUGUAUCAAAUCCACGACUUGCUGUACUACAAUUAUAAAGCACAUGGUAGUAUAUUCGAUUACGGAACCCCUGCCAUCAUAGAGUCCCCUCCCUAGUGCAAAGUAGUGUUUAGCACACCACGCGCGGGAGUCUCAUGACCUUCGAUCCCAUUGCUGUGAACAGAACGCUAGUAAAAUGUAGGGCCGACAGUGAAGGUUAUGCUGCGGAAAAGAACAGACAAUAGUGUGCAGCCUCCUUGCGAAGGAGUUUGCAGGUUUUCUGCGAACGACUCCGUCUGGGCUCGCUGUAGAACCUGGUGGUUGUCUUGAAAGCUGAACCCGUUCGUUUGUUGUCCUUCAGGCUUCUCUGCUCCAAAUUGAGGAACAUUUGCUUAUGUCUGUCAACAGCUUGCAUUUGACCACAACUAUGCAGGAACUAGCUGAUUGUUUUUGUUUUGAAGUGCACUAGUUUAAGGAAUUCCAAACACAGUGACUGCUUUUGCAUGUUGAGUACAAAGCUAAGAACGCAGGAAGCAUACGCAACAUUUGACUGGUUUUAUUUCAUUUACUUUUUCUUUGCACGCUCUGAGAGCUCAUCAGUGGGAUUGGAUGUGUCGGCAAAAAAUGUGUGCAUUGACUUAAGAGUUAAGAGAAGUUGAUGCUCUGAUUUCUGGUCACAUUGUCUCCUUCACCUUUGCGUUGUUCUCAUUUCCUCUUUCGUCGUCACGCAACGCCUACUUAACACCAAGCUGCCUCUGAUUAAACACCAUGCACGGCUUUCAGCAUGACCAUGACUCCACUUUACCGCCUUACGUUGCUAACAUUGCUGUUAAUCAAAUCUGCCGAAGACUGCUCUUGGCGCGCUUGGAUGACAAGCUUAAAGUGAGUCUAGAGUUUUAGAGUUCAUUCCGCUUCUAGUGUUGGCAAACAUAUGCACUGCCCAGACUGUGUGUGUGUGUGUGUGUGUGUGUGUGUGUGUGUGUGUGUGUGUGGUGACGACAAUGCAAAGAUUGGUUGUUCUGGAGCGUGUGAGCCUGGCUGGCAGUGCCAAUGGCGUUUCCUCAAACAGACGGCGCCGCCAACCAAGCUUCCCCAGACUCGUCUUGACGGUCAAAAGGAUCCCUUCCUUCAAACGAUGACUCCGGAUCAUAUUCCUUUUUUGUUACUCGUUCUUUUGUGUUAUUUUGUCCCAUUUUCCAAUUUAUAAACUGACUGUAAUUCCAGUGUAAGUGAAAUGAAAUCAUUUCAAUGAUUUUGAUGGAUGACAUGUGCGAGGGGACUUAACGGAUGUUUUUUUUUGUACAGAUUGAUAAAUUGUACAAUUGUGUCUAUAUCUUAAGUUAUCAGUUCAUCUUAAUAAAGCGCACCAGUCAUGAACCUUUA